AACGUCACAAUACGUCAUCACGCUUGCACUAGGAAUUGCAAGAUGGCGGAGAGUGCGGAAUUGAAGCAAAUGGUGAUGAGCCUGCGCGUUUCAGAGCUGCAGGUUCUGCUAGGUUACGCGGGCCGCAACAAACACGGGCGAAAACAUGAGCUGUUAACCAUGGCCUUGCAUCUCCUGAAAGCCGGCUGCAGCCCCGCCGUGCAGAUGAAGAUCAAGGAGCUGUACUGCAGACGCUUCCCCACCAAGAUGGGCUCUCCCUCAGAGCUGGUCCUGCCCGGACCACACUACCCUGCCUCGGGAGGAGGGGGCACCGCUGCCCUACCUGCCGGCCUCAGCCAGCUGGCGUAUGAGGGCCACGGGCACGGGGGAGUACCCUCGCCGGCUGCCCUGCUGCCCAUCUCGUUGCUGGGGCCUGGCAAGCAUGAGCUCAGCGGGCUGGCGCACCACCUGCCCACCUCGGCCACCCUGCAUCCGGUGCACCCAGACGUCAAGCUGCAGAGGCUGCCCUUCUACGAUAUGCUGGACGAGCUCAUCAAACCCACCAGUCUAGCAUCGGACAACAGCCAGCGGUUUCAGGAAACGUGUUUUGCGUUCGCACUAACGCCGCAGCAAGUCCAACAGAUUAGCAGCUCAAUGGACAUCUCGGGGACCAAAUGUGACUUCACAGUACAAGUUCAAUUACGGUUUUGUCUCUCUGAGACGAGUUGUCCUAGGAAGACCACUUUCCGCCCAAUCUGUGUUGAAGGUGAACGGAAGCCAUGCAACCUCCCGGGUUAUCUUCCUCCAACGAAAAACGGUGUGGAGCCGAAGCGCCCCAGCCGGCCCAUCAACAUUACCUCAGUGGUCAGACUAUCCACCACAGUCCCCAACACCAUCGUGGUGUCUUGGACCUCAGAGGUUGGAAGGAGCUACUCUAUGGCGGUGUACCUGGUCAAGCAGCAGUCGUCCACAGUACUGUUGCAGAGACUACGGUCCAAAGGCAUCAGGAACCCAGACCAUUCCAGAGCACUCAUCAAAGAGAAGCUAACCGCAGAUCCAGACAGUGAAAUCGCCACCACCAGCCUGCGUGUGUCCCUGCUCUGUCCGCUGGGGAAGAUGCGUCUGAUGAUCCCGUGCCGGGCGCUGACGUGUUCCCACCUGCAGUGUUUCGACGCUACGCUGUACAUCCAGAUGAAUGAGAAGAAACCCACCUGGGUUUGUCCCGUCUGUGAUAAGAAAGCCCCCUACGAACAUCUCAUCAUUGACGGGUUGUUUAUGGAGAUCCUGAACAGCUGUGUAGACUGUGAUGAGAUCCAGUUUAAGGAGGAUGGCUACUGGGCCCCCAUGAGGACAAAGAGGGAAGUACAGGAGGUCUCGUCAGCCUCCUACAGCAACGGACUGGAAGGCUUGCACCGGUCGGCGGUAGGGGAGCAGAGGAGCUCAUCGUCCCACAACGGGGGCAGUAGUAGGAUGAAGGUGGAGGUGAUCGACCUGACCCUGGACAGCUCCUCAGAGGACGACGAUGAUGACCAACCGCCCCUCAAGAGGCCCUGCUCCUCCCUGUCCCCCACCUCGCCUCCCAUCGUCAACAAGGGAGUGUUGAACCUGCACCACCAGGUGUCCCCGGUGAGCCGGACCCCCAGCAUGCCGUCUGUGGACACCAGCUACAUCCCCCCUGUACCUCCCCUCAUCCAGGAUUACCGUCCCUACUACCACGCCCCAAACCAGCUCACAGAUCUGAAUUUCUUCUCCUUUCUACAAGGGGACAAUCAUCAGCAUUACAACAUGGUGAUGGCCGCCGCCGCCGCUGCCUCGGCCUCGGACGACCACGAGCUCCUCCUCAACCACUUCCGUCCCUACACCACCACCUCCUCCUCGUCCUCCUCCCAGCUGUUCCUGGACCAGUCUGGGGCGCCCUCCUCUGGCUCGCUGGCGCCCCUAGACGGUGGUGAUGGUGGAGGAAACGGCAGCGGUGGCAGCAGCAGUAGCCUAGUGUCCUCUAGCAGUCUGAGAGACACUCACAGCACACACUCCACACACUCUCACACACACCCCACGCACUCACACACACACCCCACGCACUCACACACACACCCCACGCACUCACACACACACCCCACGCACUCACACACACACCCCGGCGUAGGAGGUCGGUCCAGUGCUGAUGUGGCGGCCGCAGCCCUCUACGGGGCCGUCCCCGACGUGAUCUCACUAGACUGACGAUUUCGUUUUCGGCGACUAGCGACUGACUCCGAAACAGAGGGUUUGUUGGUUGUUUAAUGGAGGAUGCAGUCAUGACUACUAAACUGACGCAGAAACAGUUUAACGGUCCCACCCAGUCUACAGCUCUGGUUUUGAGUUGUGUCGUUAAGGCUGACUCCAGAACACCUGUCUGUGGCGGAGCCGGUCCCGAGGUGUCGUUUGACUGGGCUGACCCAGGAACAGUUAUAAAGUCACACCCCACAGAUGGAUGGGAUUGGCACCUAGUGUUGCUAGACUGAGUCCAGAACAGUUACCGGUUGGUAGCUGGCUCCCUGACAUCAUUCCACUAGACUGACCCCAGAACAGUUACCGGUUGGUAGCUGGCUCCAUGACGACAUUCCACUAGACUGACUCCAGAACAGUUACCGGUUGGUAGCUGGCUCCCUGACGACAUUCCACUAGACUGAUAUCAGAGAGGUCUAUGGGUUUCAUCUCUGAAGUCGACAGACUGGACCUAGAUCAGCUCCCUGCCGGUACCUACCAGAAACGCUAGCCGUACAAAAACGGAGGAAGGCUUUUUUUUUUUUUUUGUAUGAAAAGAGUAAUGCUGUGUACAGAGAACAAAAAGUAUAUUUUCUCUUUUUACUUUUGUAUAUUAAUUAAUUGAAUAGUUUUUCUGUCCCGUAAGUAACUUCAGUUGCUAUUUUGAAGUGGAGACUGAAGAUGUACAUACGUUUCCCCCUCGAUAAAAUGAACUUUAAUAUCUCA